CGCCGGCUCCGCUUGGCCCACCGGCUGGCUCGCGCCAGUCUCCGCGGGAGAUGGAGUCGCUGUAGCCGCUGUAGCAGCCCUUGCGCAUGCGCUUUUUGUGCCCUGAGUCUCCCGCUCGGACUUCCGGUUUGGGAGCUGGACUGGGAGGCUGGAGACCCCGGGCUGGGGCCGACCCGAAGUGGGUGAGGCUGGCCCGGGGAAGGGAUGCGAGUGGGUUAAAGGGCAGCUCCAGAGAGAGACGCUCCCAGGGGUGCACCGGAGGGUGUUCUCAGGAUGCCUUAGACUGAAGUCCUCUGGAAGAGAUUGCACGGUGGCUCCGAGAGUGACCCGGCCAGAGCGAGCGAAGACAAAGAGGCCGGAACCCCUCACCCGCCGUUUCUUGAACUGAGCUCGGCGCCCGCGAACACCGCAGCACUCGGAGCUUCUGGUCAGCACUCGAGCUCAAUUCUCAGGAGAUCCAUUACUGCUGCCCCCUCCAACUCCUCUACACCAACUCAGUGUGACUCUCCCCAAACCCACUUUGCCAUCGCUUCGGGAGCUGAAACCAACUUCUCCUGAUGCUCAUGGUUUUCCUUCAGUAGCUCCCGAGUCCUUGUUUGAGCGGUUACUUCGGCAUUGAGGGAAAAACAAAGAUCCGACAUUCAGAGGAAACUCGUCUUACAGAGAGAGACUCUUCUGCAGGUGCUUCUCCAAGGACAUGGGAAGAUAGGUGUAAGCCCUGGAACCCAGACCCUAAUGUGGAGGGAAGCUGCUUUCUGCUAUGAAUGAUGGCCAAACCCACUCUGAGAGGGGAUGGAACUAACUCUGAGACCUUCCGUCAGCGCUUCAGGAGAUUUCAUUACCAGGAGGUGGCUGGGCCCCGGGAAGCGUUCAGCCAACUCUGGGAACUUUGCUGUCGGUGGCUAAAGCCGGAGGUGCGCACCAAGGAGCAGAUUGUAGAAUUAUUGGUGCUAGAGCAGUUCCUGACCGUCUUACCUGGGAAGAUCCAGAAUUGGGUACAGGAGCAAUGUCCAGAAAGUGGAGAGGAGGCAGUGGCUCUGGUAGAAGAUUUAGAAAGAGAGCCUGGAAGACCUGGACGUUCGGUCACAGUCUCUGUGAAGGGGCAGGAAGUGCGCUUGGAGAAGAUGACACCCCUGAAAUCAUCACGGGAGUUAUUAAGUGUUCGGCAGGAGUCAGUGGAACCCCAGUCCAGGGGUGUACCCAAGAAAGAGAGGGCAAGAAGCCCAGACCUGGGACCACAGGAGCAGAUGAACCCAAAGGAGAAGCUCAGACCUUUUCAAAGGAGCGCAGGAUUUCCAUUUCCUAAAUAUGGUGUGGUCUCCAGGCUGGAACACGGAGAGCCAUGGAUCCCAGAUCUGCUGGGCUCCAAGGAGAGGGAAUUCCCAAGAAGUGGUCACACAGGAGACAGACAAAUGCCUGCUGAUCUGUUACCAUCCAGGAGAGAGAGAAGCUGGGUGGAACAGGAUCCCUGGAGCUUUGAGGAUGAGAAGGUGGCAGGGGUACACUGGGGCUAUGAAGAAACCAAAACUCUCCUCGCAAUUCUCAGCCAGACUGAGUUUUAUGAAGCUCUCCGAAACUGUCAUCGAAACAGCCAAGUAUAUGGGGCUGUGGCUGAGCGGCUCCGGGAGUAUGGCUUCCUCCGGACCCUGGAACAGUGUCGGACCAAGUUCAAAGGUCUCCAGAAGAGCUAUCGCAAAGUCAAAAGUGGCCACCCACCUGAGACCUGCCCCUUCUUUGAUGAGAUGGAAGCCCUAAUGAGUGCCCAGGUCAUUGCCCUGCCCAGUAAUGGCCUGGAAGAGGCAGCCUCUCACUCUGGCCUGGUGAGCAGCGAUGCUGAGACUGAGGAGCCAGGGCAAGGGGGUUGGCAACAUGAGGAGGGAACAGAAGAGGCCAUGGCUGAGGAGUCUGACAAUGAUGAAACAGGCCUGGAGGCCACUCCCCAGGACCCUGACAGCUCGACCGCACCAGUUCUUUUCCGAAGCCCAAGUGGUGUACACUGGGGCUAUGAAGAGACCAAGACUUACCUUGCAAUUCUUAGUGAGACACAGUUUUACGAAGCCCUACGGAACUGUCAUCGUAACAGCCAGUUGUAUGGAGCAGUGGCUGAGCGGUUAUGGGACUAUGGCUUCCUUAGGACACCUGAACAGUGUCGGACCAAGUUUAAAAGCCUACAAACCAGCUAUCGGAAGGUCAAGAAUGGCCAAGCACCAGAGACUUGUCCCUUUUUUGAAGAGAUGGAUGCUUUGGUGAGUGCCCGGGUUGCUGCCCCACCCAGUGAUGACCUGGAAGAGGAGACAGCUUCUUGUCCCAUCCAAGGGACCAGUGAGGCUGAGACUGAGAAGCAAGUUGAGGAGGCAGAAGAGGCCUUAGAAGAAGAUUCUGAUGGAGGUGAAGAGGAUAUUGAAGUACCCGCAAGGGCUGUCAUAACCCAUGCUCCACUCUUAUUCCAGAGCCCCAGUGGUUUUGAGGCUGGAUUUGAGAAUGAAGAGAAUCCAAAACAGGAUAUUUCUGAGGAAGUACAACUGCACAGCACAUUACUUGCAAGAUCUGAAAGGAAAAUUCCCUGGCAUCUUAAUCAGAGUAAAGACAGUGAAGGUGAAUGUAAAUUAGGAAGACAGUGGGAAAAAAACCCAGGGGAGAGAAGAGGAAAACUGAUACUCCCAGAGAAGAAUUUAGGGAAAGUCCUAAGUGUUCAGAGCCCUUGCUUGGGAGAGAGACCCUAUAAAUAUCUCAGAUAUGGCAAAAACUUUGGUCCAAACCCCCAUCUCAUGCAUCAGAUAUCCCACCAGAUGGAAAAUCCAUAUAAAUGUGCUGAUUGUGGGAAAAGCUUUAGUCGGAGUGCACGCCUCAUCAGACACCGGAGAAUCCACACUGGAGAGAAACCUUAUAAAUGUCUUGACUGUGGGAAAAGUUUCCGUGACAGUUCAAAUUUCAUCACCCAUCGGAGAAUCCACACAGGAGAGAAACCUUAUCAAUGUGGUGAAUGUGGAAAACGCUUCAAUCAGAGCUCAAGCCUUAUAAUUCACCAGAGGACCCACACAGGAGAAAAGCCCUAUCAAUGUGAAGAGUGUGGGAAAAGCUUCAAUAACAGUUCUCAUUUUAGUGCACAUCGGAGGAUACACACAGGAGAGAGACCCCAUGUGUGUCCUGACUGUGGGAAAAGUUUCAGUAAGAGUUCUGACUUACGUGCACAUCACAGAACUCACACAGGAGAGAAACCCUACAGGUGUCAUGAUUGUGGCAAGUGCUUCAGUAAAAGCUCUGCCCUAAACAAGCACCGAGAAAUCCAUACACGAGAAAAGCUUCUGUCACAGUCGGCCCCUAAGCAAGCCCAUGAGGAUCUAUAAAGGAAAGAGCCUCAAUAAAUGGAAAGUCUUUCAAUAGUGAGAUCCAUCUCCUAUUCCUAGUUUAGGAAACAGUCUUUAGGAUUUAUCCCACUGUUUGUACCUUAUGUUUCUCCUGGAUCUAGAGCCACAUUUUCUAGGCAGCUUGUCUUAAAAGUGAAAAGAUUUCAGUCCCUCCUCUUGAACUGCAUCUGAAGUGACACCACCUUUUCCUCUCAGUGCCUAUACUGUUCCUUUAAUAAAGUAGAGAGGACACAGUAGAUCCCAUGAGUUUGAUGUGCAUCCUUCUUUAGUGAUCCAAUGAUUCAGCUGCAUUUCUGACUGGAAAACCCAUUCCAGCAAUAUUUCAGAGAGAAGUUGUGAGACUUUUCUCAUAAAGUGGGUCUAGCUCUUUAAACAAUAAUGAAAAAGCUAAAAAGUAUGUCUUCCUGCUCAUUUAAGCCUGUGCCUGGAAUGACAUAUUGUCACAUAUACUCUUUAUUUACACCUUAAAGAAUUUCCUUAAAAUUUCCUCCAUUUACUUAAAGAGUUUAAUGUCCAUCUUGGUUCUGCCCUUUGAAUCAUCUUGUCAAGAACCUAGGUGUUCUAUAUAGGAAGACAAUGUAAACCUUGUACAAAUAUUGAGGCUUGAAUCCUGGAUUUCUUAGUUUCUUCCAUAUCCUAGAAGAUUUGGAAUAGAAUAAAACUAAAUAUACAGCAUCUAGUUUUUCUUUCUGUCCCAUGUCAUCUGAAUUUCAUCUUUCCCUGUGGUCCAGAAGCCAAAGUAGCAAGCUAACUGUAGUGCUAGGGAAAGCAGUUAAAGCUGCCAAUAGGGAAUCCUUCAUAUCUCACAUACCUAGUAUAGUGUUAUGCCCCUUGUGGGCACUCAGUGUUAACCUGCAAUGAGCAGAAGCCACUGCUACAUUCCACAUCCCACUGUAUUGGGAAAACAGGCCACUUAGUGCCAGCAACCCUUUAUCCUAAUGCCAGGGGAGAUGGGCUUUCUUUGUUCAGUGGUAUACACACACAUUCAACUGUAUACAUCUAUUUUUAAAAGCAGUUCUUUAAACAUGAGUGUAAUCACUGUUCCUUAUAAUCAAAUAGUAUUGAAAUAAUUGCCCAUACAUUCACAGUAGUAUGAGUCCUGUACAGCACAAGUUUAACAACCUGUCUUUGUCCUUAUAAUCUAAACUGACAUGAACAAAUAAAUAAGUGCACGUGUAUAGUUACAACAAUUUUAGAAAAAUCUAGAAAGUUAGGUAGUAACAAUAUGCAUAAUUGUUAAACUCCAAUGCAUUAGACUUAGCUCUAAGGAAAAUCUGGAAGGUAUUUUCUCUUUAUUUAGGAACGCUUCAUAAAGCAGGAAGUAUUUAAAGAAGGAAAGGUUACUGGGUAAAUUAGUUUGGGAUUAACUUUCCUAAACUGUUGCAAAAUUGCUGGAUGGGCGAGGAAUGGGAAAACUGGGGGGCCAGGUGUUUUGUGUAGAUGGAGCGGAGGGUAAAGGACAGGCUGUAAGGAAGAUUAGGUAGUUUGGAGGAGUAAAAAACAUGAGGAAUAGUAUGAUAUGGGCUGUGCAGUAGGCAGAGAGAAUCACCUGAGCUGAAACAUGGAGUGCCAGAGGCAUCCAUCAUCUACGGUAAACCAGGGACCAUGCUAUACUUACUGAUGAAACAGCUGGCUGGCACUGGGGAGCAAGAACUGACAGGUUUAAGGGACUAGCUACUAUGAGAGACAAAGAUUAGGAAGUGUAUGUCAUGAAGAUACUUUGAUGGGCAUGUAAGAAAGGAAAGAUGAACAUGGCCAGAUGGCUGAACUAUGAUAAAGAGCUGUUAACAGUUCAUAUUUAAUUAGAAUCCUGUGGCUGAAAUGAGAUCUGAAGAGGAGUGGGGAGAUAGAAUAUUCCAUCAUUCAUAACUUACUGUGUUAGAUGGGAGAUUAAUUAGGGUUCUGAUGUUGAGGCAGCCUAGUACAAAGCAUCUCCUGACGUGUAGUAGGAAUUAAGGGGCAAUGGUAUCUCAAUUAUGUUGCCUAAGCAGGCAGGCAGGCACAAAAAACACCACUCUAAAGCAAUGCCUCAGAAUCUGAGAUAGUUUAGGAAGUACACUGUAAUGUCCAAAAAAGGGGGAGAGAUUGUUGUCUUUAGUAUAUCUAUACAGUCUUGUGGGAAAAGCAUCGGAUAGAGCAUCGACAAGAUAAUGAAUUCUGGUUUCAGAUGUCUUGUGUAUAUGUCAACCUGCUUCAGUUUCUCUUUCUGUAAAGCAGAAUAAUGUUUACACCUUAAUCUGCCUCUCAGGGAUACCAUGUUAAUAAAAAUUAUGUCUAUGAAGUACCGGGUGUUUCUUAAACUGUUAUAUAUAUAUGCAAAUUAUUAUGAUUAAAUUGUUGAUGGUAAGAAAAGAUAAA